ACAAAACCUUGGUUCUCUUGAAGAUUGGUAUAUGGGUCGCUCUACAUGUUAUGAAAAGGAGGGGUUGAAGAGAGGACCGUGGACUCCUGAAGAAGACCAAAGGCUCACUGUUUAUAUUCAACAACAUGGCCAUGGCAGCUGGAAUGCUUUGCCUGAGAAAGCAGGAUUAAAGAGAUGUGGUAAGAGCUGUAGACUGAGGUGGAUCAACUACUUACGACCUGAUAUCAAGAGAGGAAACUUCAGCUUGCAGGAAGAACAGACCAUCAUUCAACUACAUGCUUUUCUUGGGAACAGAUGGUCAGCUAUAGCAGCUCACUUGCCAAAGAGAACUGAUAACGAGGUCAAGAACCAUUGGAACACCCAUCUCAAGAAGAGGUUAAUCAAGAUGGGCAUUGAUCCUGUGACCCAUAAGCCUCGAAUCGACGCUCUUGGCUCUCCAUAUGGUCAUGCCAGCAACGACUCCAAUUUAAGCCACAUGGCUCAGUGGGAAAGGGCUCGCCUUGAGGCUGAAGCGAGGUCUGCACGCGAUUCAAAUAAACAAGCAGUGCGAAAUCCUGUCCAAGUAAAUCCAAAAAUCCAGCUCGGGGCUGUUCCCCCACCUCUAACACCAAGACCAAAGUGCCUCGACGUACUUAAAGCAUGGCAAGGUGUAGUUAGCGGCAUGUUUAACUUUCCUAACCGUGACAAUCUCGAGUCUCCUACAUCAAUAUCCAGCUUUUCUAAUGACGUGAUUCAACUUCCAACAACUGGAGUAAAUCAAAAUGCUACUGCCGAAGGUGUGGAUUGCAUUGCAACGAAUACUGAUUCAUAUACAUGCAAUGAAUUGGAUGAAAUAGAUAGUUGGAAACGUUUUGUUAACCUCAAUCAAAUGCAAGAAUUCGAAGUCGGGUUGGAUGAGUCUACGUCGAUGGCAAUGCAAGGGACGACGUACUCAACAGAAAAUAAUGCAUGGUUGGUGGACUCUUAUGGGGAAGCUGGAAACAGUAAUGAAGUUAUGGAGGGUUCAUCAUCAUCAGAUACUUUGAUUGGUAUCCCAGUUUCAUUUUCAUCAAUGAAAGUAGAGAUAUCAAAUGGAAACUACAGCAUAGUGGACAAUGGGAGCUACAGUGUCUGUGACUGGGAUAGCACACUCAAGUUCAAGAAUGCUUCAUCGUCUGGUUCCCCCAUGUUCUGA